GGAUUGUUUUUCGAUCACAUGACAAUGUAAGCUAAUGCAAGAUGGCAGCCCUCAGUGGUUCACGUGUGGAUAAUAGUAACAUUAGAAAGAAGUCGGGGUCAGUAAAACUGUUGUUAAAAAAGAAGUUGGAGUUGAUUUUGGAGAGUCGGAAGAAUGCCAAUAUUCUGUUUGACAUAUUGGAAUACUUGCAGUCUAACCAGGAAGAUGAACUACUCUGUGCAAUUCGAACAUGUGAAACAUUGUUCAGCACCUUGUUGGAAAGGCGGGAUCUUUAUAUUGGCCAGUUGCCAAAAGAGGAAGAAGCCUUAACAGCCGAGUACAGUGCAGAGGAGAAGUACAAGAUCUGGAUGAGGCAUCGUUACCAUGACUGCGUUAAGCAGCUGUUGGAGCUGAUGGUGCACACUUCUUUCCAAGUGAAGGAGGCGACUCUUUGUACAUUGAUGAAGUUUAUUCAGAUGGAAGGAGGACAACCUUUAGUAAAGGCAGAUUGGGACGAGAGCUUUUUCUUUCCUCAUGAGCUAUUAAAAUCUGUUGUAGAGCAUUUACUCCAGAUUGAUGAAGAUUCAUCACUUCUAAUUGCACGAUUCCAGGAGUUUUUGGAGUACGAUGAUGUCCGUUACUACGUCAUGAUAAGUGUUAAUGUGUACGUCAGCAUGAUUAUGCAGAAGAUGAAUGAGGCUGUGCUUCCUGUUUUCCAGCAGAAUAUUUUCUCUCUUAUUUCAUCUGUUGUUUUGCCAGAUAAGGAGAGUGAGAUGAACAACUUCCUGGUGAAGCCAAAAGGUGAACUUGAAGAAUGGAGAGCAGCAAAGUUAAAGGAACACAAAGGAGCCUUUGAGAGAAUGUGGCUUGGGUUUCUGAAACAUAAGUUGCCCAGCAGCUUGUAUAAAAAAGUUCUUGUAAUUCUACAUGAGACUAUCCUGCCCCACAUGAGGAAGCCAGUGCUUAUGAUAGAUUUCCUGACUGCAGCCUAUGAAGUGGGUGGGGCCAUCAGUCUCUUGGCUUUAAAUGGGCUUUUUGUCCUUGUUCAUGAACAUAAUCUGGAGUACCCUGAUUUCUACAAGAAGCUGUAUAGUCUUCUAGAGCCAACAGUAUUUCAUGUGAAGUAUCGUGCCAGGUUCUUCCACCUUACUAAUCUCUUUCUGUCUUCUACACAUCUACCACUGUACCUGGUUGCAGCCUUUGUCAAGAGGUUAUCCAGGCUGGCCCUCACAGCGCCCCCUCAGGCACUACUGAUGGUAAUCCCAUUUAUAUGUAACCUGAUCCGAAGACAUCCAGCCUGCAAGGUUCUGAUUCACAGGCCUUCUGGGCCAGAAGGUCUUUCUGAAGAUCCAUAUAUAAUGGAAGAGGAAGACCCAGCGAAGUGCAGGGCCCUUGAAAGCUCUCUGUGGGAGCUGAAGACACUUCAGAACCAUUAUCAUCCUGAUGUUGCCACUGCAGCGAUGGCCAUCAGUCAGCCAUUGUCUGUUACUGAGGUGGACAUCUCAGAGCUACUGGACAUCUCUGCAGAUGAGAUGGUUGCAAAAGCAAUGAAGAACCGAUCAAAGGUGGUCCCAUUAGAGUUUCAACCAGUCCGAGGAUUAUUUGGAAAGAAAGAUAUAAUGAGCCAGUACUUCAUUUUAGAAUAGCUAUGCAUCUUUAUGUAUGUUUGUAUAUCAGUAUAUGUCUUUUGUUAAUAAAGAUUAGAAA